UACACAGUCUAAUAUACAUGUAUGAGUCUACUUUUGCUUAACCCCCACCCCAUUUGAGAUCCUCUGCUCCGGUUCUCUAUCUUCUCUUUUUGUCCUCCGAUCCAUCUCCUUCUCCGGUCAAUCGCCGCCGCCGAUCGAAGUUUUACCGUUUUUAUAGAUAUGGGUGAAAGAGACCAUUGUUGUUCAACUCACCUCAUUGAUGGGGAUGGUACUUUUAAUGUUACUGGAAUUGAUAGCUUCAUGAAGGAAGUUAAACUUUCUGAUUGUGGACUUUCUUAUGCUGUUGUAGCCAUUAUGGGCCCUCAGAGUAGCGGGAAAAGUACAUUGUUGAAUCACCUGUUUGGAACUAAUUUCAGAGAAAUGGAUGCUUUCAAAGGGAGGUCUCAGACCACAAAAGGCAUAUGGAUGGCACAUUGUGUUGGUAUUGAACCUUGCACGAUCGUGAUGGAUUUAGAGGGUACUGAUGGAAGAGAAAGAGGAGAGGAUGAUACCGCCUUCGAGAAGCAGAGUGCUCUUUUUGCGCUUGCUGUUUCUGACAUAGUGCUCAUAAACAUGUGGUGUCAUGAUAUUGGACGCGAGCAGGCUGCUAAUAAACCCCUCUUAAAAACUGUAUUUCAGGUCAUGAUGAGAUUAUUUAGUCCUCGUAAGACAACUUUAAUGUUUGUUAUUCGUGAUAAAACUAGGACACCUUUAGAAAACUUGGAGCCAGUUUUGAGGGAAGACAUUCAGAAGAUAUGGGAUUCUGUUCCUAAGCCACAAGCUCACAAGGAAACUCCAUUAAGUGAAUUCUUCAAUGUUGAAGUGGUCGCUCUGUCUAGUUUUGAAGAGAAGGAAGAACAUUUUAAAGAGCAGGUGGCAAAUUUAAGACAGCGAUUUUUCCAGUCAAUUGCACCUGGUGGGCUUGCUGGCGAUAGGCGCGGUGUAGUUCCUGCUUCAGGCUUUUCAUUCAGUGCACAACAGAUAUGGAAGGUCAUUAAGGAGAACAAGGACCUUGACCUGCCCGCUCACAAGGUGAUGGUGGCCACUGUACGCUGUGAAGAGAUUGCAAAUGAAAAGUUUUCUUCUUUUAUUGCAAAUGAGGAAUGGCGUCAAUUAGAGGAGACAGUACAAUCUCAUGCAGUACCUGGGUUUGGGAGGAAACUCACCUCAAUUCUUGAAGUUUGCUUAUCCGAGUAUGAUUUUGAGGCCACAUAUUUUGAUGAAAGUGUUAGAUCUUCCAAGCGGAAACAGUUGGAAGAUAAACUUUUACAACUUGUCCAACCAGCAUAUCAAUUUAUGUUGGGACAUAUACGCUCUGGAACCUUCGAUAGAUUCAAAGAAGCAUUUCAAAAUUCUCUGAAGGAGGGUAAAGGAUUUGCUGUGGCUGCACGUGACUGCACCGAGUAUUCUAUGUCACAGUUUGAUGAAGCAUCUGCAGAUGUGGACAUUGAUCAAGCAAAUUGGGACUCUUCUAGAGUAAGAGAUAAGCUCAGGCGUGAUAUUGAUGCACAUAUUGAAGAAGUUCGUGCUGCCAAGUUGUCUGAACUUACAACUAUGUAUGAGACAAAGUUGAAUGAAGCAUUAUCUGGACCUGUUGAGGCUUUGUUAGAUGGAGCCAGCGAUGAUACAUGGCCAGCAAUAAGAAAACUUCUCCGUCGUGAGACUGAAACAGCUGUCCGAGGGUUUUCCAAUGCACUUUCUGGUUUUGAAAUGGACGAGGUAACAAAGGAGAAAAUGGUCUUAAGUCUGGAGGAUCAUGCAAGAGGAGUAGUAGAAGCAAAGGCGAAAGAAGAAGCAGGAAGGGUUGUGAUCCGUAUGAAAGACAGGUUUUCUACAUUAUUUAGCCAUGACUCUGACUCAAUGCCUCGUGUCUGGACUGGAAAGGAAGAUAUUCGAGCAAUCACCAAAACUGCCCGAUCUGCUUCUUUGAAGCUACUUUCUGUUAUGGCUGCUGUUCGUUUGGAUGAUAAUGCUGAUUCUAUUGAGAACACAUUGGCCCUCGCUCUCAUUGAUCCCAAAAGUGGUGCUGCUGCCAAUAGGGGCAUUUCAAUCGACGCUCUUGCCUCAAGCAGUUGGGAAGAGGUUCCAUCAUCGAAAACCUUGCUAACACCAGUUCAGUGUAAAUCUUUGUGGAGGCAAUUUAAAGUCGAGACAGAGUAUACUGUCAGUCAAGCCAUUGCUGCUCAGGAGGCCAGCAAGCGAAGUAACAACUGGUUACCACCACCGUGGGCAAUAGUUGCAUUAGUUGUUUUGGGUUUUAAUGAAUUUAUGACCCUUUUGAGAAAUCCUUUGUAUUUGGGCGUCAUUUUCGUUGCUUUUCUGCUUAUGAAAGCCCUAUGGGUGCAAUUAGACAUAUCCGGUGAAUUCCGAAAUGGAGCUCUACCUGGAAUUCUUUCAAUAUCCACGAAGUUUCUCCCCACUGUUAUGAACCUUCUUAGAAAACUAGCUGAGGAGGGCCAGAGCCCUGGUAAUGCCAACCCUCAGCGUAACCCUCCAGUUCCAGCAAAGACCGUAACAAGUGGUCCAAGUAAUGAUAAUGGCGGUUUAUCUUCAAGUGCUUCAUCCGAAAUAACUUCUUCCGAAAACGGCACGGAAUACUCUAGUCCCGGCCCCCGCCAAAAGGUCCAGUAGCUGCUUCGUUCACUUUGUUUAUCCGAGGAUUCCGACAAUAUUUAUUUGAAGCAUAAAUGCAGCACACAGCUUUCGAGAUUAAUUAAAUGUCUUAAAAAAGAAACGAACAGAUGUGGGAGAUAUUUAUUUUACGUGGUUGUGUCGUGAAAAUUGGCUCACCAUGAACGACCGUUUACUGGCCUGGCCUUGAUUGUGAUUGUUCUGCUUUACCUUCAGUUUUGUAUCAUUAGAAGUUAAAAUUCUAAAUAUGCACUUAAAUCAUUAUACUGGGAAUUCUUUUUGACCCGUUUUGUAUUUAGAGAGAUCAAUGUAAUUCUUCUGUUGUGACUUUAUGUGCAUUUUUACGAGUUUGGUUCGACUUUC